AUGAAGUAUUUAAUCCUAUUUAUACAUAUUCUUUACAUUUUAUUUUGUAUAGCAGUUGAAAGUAAGAGUAAUUAAAUUAAUUUUAUGUUUAAGCAGAGGAGAAAAAAACUAAAGAAAUAAAAAAACAAUAAAAUUAUAAGUAAAAUGAAAAACCAAUAAUUUUUAGUGGAAGAGUUUGGGCAAGAAAAAAUUUUAUAUUUGGAGAAAUAUUAUGUAAAUAGGAGUAGAAGUAGUACAAAUAUAGAAUUCACAGGCUAAAAAUUAAAAUAUUAAAAAAUUGGAGACAUAGGUUUUGAAAACUAAAUUAUUUAAGUUGGAACAUUAAAAUCAAUAAAAGAAGGUAGAUCAUUAAUUAUUAAUUGUUCAAUAUCUGUAUAUAAAAAGAAAAAAUAGAAAGUCUUAUUAUAACAUUCUUCAUAAUAUUACUAUUCUAGUUUAGUAGGAAUUGUUGAAUCAUUUAGACUUUAAUGA